CUCUCUCUCUCUCCAUCUCGCCGCGCAUCCUGCUCCAGAGCACCACCAGGAUGAUCCGCCGCUGCACCCACACCGACAACCUUCACUUCACUUUCACACUCAUUUAACCCUUCCCUCGGACCCCCGCCGGCCGCCGCGCUACACCCAUGCUCUGCCCUCCUCCUGACAUGCGACACCGCUGCACAGUUUCCCGGAGAAUAUCUUCAUCUUCCGUCGCGCCUCGCUGAUAGAGAGCAUGCCCGACGCGGGGACAGGCGCUGCGGCCGCCAGCGGUGCGACCACCGCCGGCGACGGCACCGAGAGUUCCCGGCACCGACACCGAGCGCAGCAGGGGGACGCGGAGAGGCCGGAGCCGGGCGCUGCGCCGCAGCAAGCCUCCUCCGGUGUACUGGAUAAGUUGUUUGGAAAGCGGCUGCUUCAGGCUGGGAGACACAUCAUGUCUCAUAAGUCUUGGAUGAAAACGGUGCCCACAGAGAACUGUGAUGUCCUCAUGACAUUUGCAGACACUACAGAUGACCACACGUUGCUAUGGCUACUGAACCACAUCCGGCUGGGAAUCCCAGAGCUCAUCAUCCAAAUCCGACACCAUAAGCACACGCGAGUCUACGCUUUCUUCGUCACCGCUACAUACGAAAAUUUGUUGCGAGGUGCUGAGGAGAUGGGGCUGAGGAAGGCGGUGAAGCCGGAGUUCGGAGGAGGAACCCGAAGCUUCUCCUGUGAGGAGGACUACAUCUACGAGAACAUCGAGAGCGAGCUGUGCUUCUUUACUUCGCAGGAGAGGCAGAGCAUCAUUAAAUACUGGAUGGACAAUCUACGUGCCAAACCUGGGGAGGUGCUCCAUAACAUCAACUUCCUGGAGGGCCAGCCAAUCAUCCCGGAGCUGAGUGCGCGAGGUGUGAUCCAGCAGGUUUUUCCUCUCCAUGAGCAGAGGAUCCUCAGUCAGCUGAUGAAGUCCUGGGUUCAGGCUGUUUGUGAGAAGCAGCCCUUAGAUGAUAUCUGUGACUACUUUGGGGUGAAGAUCGCCAUGUAUUUUGCCUGGCUGGGAUUUUACACCACCUCCAUGUUAUACCCUGCUGUGAUUGGCUUCGUGCUGUGGAUGCUCACCGAGUCGGAUCAGACGAGCCGUGACAUCUGCUGCGUGGUGUUUGCACUGUUCAACGUGGUGUGGGCCACUCUGUUUCUGGAGCGGUGGAAGAGGAGAGGGGCCGAGCUGGCGUACAAGUGGGGGACGCUGGACACGCCGGCUGAAUCCCUGGAGGAACCGCGGCCUCAGUUCAGGGGAGUGAAGCGCUGCAGUCCCAUCACAGGAUGUGAGGAGUUCUACUAUCCUCCGUGGCGGAGGCGUUUAUUCAGGUGGUUGGUCAGCCUGCCCAUCUGUAUCCUCUGUCUUUGCUUUGUCUUCCUGGUCAUGCUCAUCUGCUUUGAGCUGCAGGAGUUUGUGAUGGGGAUCAAGGAGAUGCCCCGGCUAGCGCGCUUCAUCCCCAAAAUCAUGCUAGCUAUCACUGUGACCGCAUGUGACGAGGUGUACAGGAAAAUUGCCUGCUGGCUCAAUGACAUGGAAAACUAUAGACUCCAGAGUGCCUAUGAGAAAAAUCUCAUCAUCAAAAUGGUUCUUUUUCAGUUUGUAAAUUCUUAUCUCAGCCUUUUUUACAUUGGAUUCUACCUCAAAGACAUGGAGCGGCUGAAAGAGAUGCUGGCCACUCUGCUCAUCAUACGCCAGUUCCUUCAAAAUGUGAAGGAGGUGCUGCAACCUUACCUGUAUGAGCGCCACAAGCUGGGUGAGCUCACGCUGCGAGCUGUGUGGGACCUGCUGCUCUCAGUGCUGCUAAAAUACGCCAGACUGGCAGCUGGAAAAGCCCAGGCCUCCCCGACCGACCACGCCAUGCCAGGACCUGGACUGAGGGGCACCAGGCCCGGGCUGGGGCCUUCAGAAAGAAGGGAGAAGAAGUGUUUGAACGGGGGAUGCGGGGUGCCUGAUGAGGAGGAGGGAGGUGAGAGGGACGAGGCCGACAGCGGGAGGUUCAGUGAGGGGGAGACGGAGGAGGAGAGUCUGAUUGACUGCGGUUUGAAGCUGAGAAAAGUCAGCUUCAUAGAGAAGGUGGACAGACGGCCAGCCUGCGCUGGGCCCCCCAUGGACAACAGUUUCCUGGAGGAGGGGAGCCCCACCAUGGUUGAAAAAGGAAUGGACCCUGCAUCUGUAUUUGAAAUGUGUGACGACGAGGAUGACAAUGGCAUCCAUGACGUGAAGGAGCAGGGUGGGGGAGGGGCCGGUGUGGCUGAGGGAAUUAAUGCUGCUGCUGGUGCCGCUGGUGCUGCUGCUGCCGCCGCCGCCGGCGCUGCCCCGCUGCCUUCCGGCUCUGAGAGCAGCACGUCACUGCGACACAGAAGACGGGGCAGGAGCGCAGAGAGACCUGAGCCCAAGGCGAAAAGGGAGUCGUGGAUGGACCCUCCUGAGGAGAGAGAGAGCAACACGCUCACUCAGGCUGAGAUGGAGAGCUGCAUGCAGACUUAUGCUGACACCUUCCAGGACUACCAAGAGAUGUUCGUCCAGUUUGGCUACGUGGUGCUCUUCUCCUCGGCCUUCCCUCUGGCGGCCAUGUGCGCUCUCAUCAACAACAUCAUUGAGAUCCGCAGCGAUGCCUUUAAGCUCUGCACCGGUCUGCAGAGACCAUUUGGAAUCAGAGUGGAGAGCAUCGGCCAGUGGCAGACUGCGAUGGAGGCCAUGGGCCUGAUUGCCAUCAUCGUGAACUGUUACCUGAUUGGCCAGUGUGGUCAGCUGCAGCGACUCUUCCCGUGGCUCAGCCCUGAGAUGGCCAUCAUCUCCAUCGUCAUCCUCGAGCACUUCGCCAUCCUCCUGAAGUACGUCAUCCAUGUGGCCAUACCUGACAUACCCACAUGGGUCCGAGAGGAGAUGGCUAAACUGGAUUAUCAGCGCAGGGAGGCCUUUAAGAAGCACGAGCGUCAGGCCCAGCAGCAUUACCAGCAGCUGCAGAGGAGGAAGAGGGAGGAGGAGGAGAGGCAGAGGCAGGCGGAGCACAUGGCCCGCAGGGAAAGGGAGCGGGACGAGAGCAAAGGUGACUCCUCCGGGGAUCACCACCACGACAAAAGUCACAGCAGCAAGUCACGUCCCGGGAGUGGAGGCGGAGGCGGCAGCGGGUCGGACAAGCCCAAGAGGCCCAGCUCUCUGUUAGCCAACAAUAACGUGAUGAAGCUGAAGCAGAUCAUCCCGCUGCAGAGCAAGUUCUCCUCCAGUGGUGCCCGCUCCCCUCAGUCACCCACUGGGAAUGAGCCAAAGCUGCCCGGGUUCCUCAGCUUCAAAUUCCUCAAGUCGCCUGAGAAUAAGAAGGAAGGUGCCGCCGCUUCUGCGGCUGCCGCCACGACAGCUAACGCCACGGCGGCAGCAUCGUCAUCAUCAUCGUCAUCAUCAGGUAGCAGCUCUCAGGAGCGUUCUCAGUCACCCAGCAAAGCCUUCAACCCUGGGAAACUGUUUAAUUUUGGGAAAUCUGACGGGGGGACAUGCGUGAACGGGGCUCCGCCACCCAGAUCAGGGGAGGGAGCAUCCUCGCAGGCGUCAGAAAGACAAGCAUCCAGGUCUGACUUGAACGGCGUUCCAGAUGAGAUCCCCUCGCCUGGAGGGGAAGGGUCAGAGAACGGACAUUCAACGGACUUGGACCCGGCUGGCUCUAAAGUCUAGUAGCUGCGAGGGGAAACAAAUUGUGGCUGGUUACAUCUCAACUGAAGAAGUGACGCGUUUACUGUGAGGAAAGGCCUGACCUGCCUUCUGUGUCGUCACAGGCUCUGUGCAGAGGUACCUGAGGCAGAGAGAGGAAAAGGUGAAACUGAUGAGAGAUGACUUCUGGUUUGGUUUGUUGGCUGAGGGGCAAAAGUAACAGGCUUUAGAAGAAAGACACAAGCCCUCCUAUCAUGAUUGAGUAAACACACACACACAUAUACACGCGCGCGCGCACACACACACACACACCUUCCUUGUCUGCAAUACAUAAAGAAAUGCAUGAGCUGCGUUUCUAAUAUUUUUAAGCCUUUAAAGCAGAGAGCUGUGUUUCUUGAUUUCUUCUAGUCAUGCAUUGUAAGCGUCUCCCAGUCGGACAGAAGAGCCCGUUGUGGAGGAAAAAGAUUAAAAAACGCACAUGGUGGUGUGAAAGGAACACAGAUUGAACAUCAAGUAACUACUGAGAAUGAUUUUAGCUGUCACAACACCAAGUGAUCAUUAGAUAUUGUCUCAUUUCUAACUGUGAGGAAUCUGCGGGCCCUUGACUUUUAUAUUGAAGUGGAAAAAUGGAAAAGCAAUAUCAAUCAGUGUUUUAACAAUUCUUAUCGAUCAUCACAGAAAAAAAACCCUCCCUUAAUAAGCAUCGCCGAUGUUAUCACCAGCUUUAUUUUCAAAGCGGAGGUGGUGUCUGAGCUUUGUACACUUCUUCCCAUCAUCCUUUGACAGGAGCAGAUAUGUUUUGAAAAGAAAGAAAAGACUUUAGUGAGUCGAGCUGUCACGUACCAGUAUUUUUCCCCAAGAGAGGAAGAGAAAAACAUGAUUUAAAAAAAAAAAAAAAGCAGAAGUAGUCGAAGGUGAUUUUGAGAAAAUGGAGCAUGGAAGCCUGUUGCGUGCUGUUCUCUGUCCAAGCCCGUAGAGCGCCUUGUAAACACAGAUGGCACUCCAUUCCACACAAUCGAACCACACUUGGCGAAUGAGUGUAGAGUCAAAGAAGUAACAUUUGCACUAAAACCCCUUCGCCCUGCAUAGAACCGCCUCUCCCCCCCUGCAGGAGAGGACCGACACCAGCCUGACUCGCCACAUUAUGCAAAAGCUGGAUCGUUUUUGAUUUCCUUCUCUCACACAGUACAUGCUAUCCACUCACCUGCUCCCUGCGCCCCACCCCCAUUUUUUUUCUUUUUCUUUUCUUUCUUUUUUUUUUUUUUUUUACAAUAGUUGCUCUCAUUUACGUUCUGUGCUCUGUAUCUUUUUUAUACGCACCAUUUGCUGCAUUGCUUUAUUGCAGCACUGACGAUGGGAAGUUUACUUUUUGUAACCAAAGUGGUAUUUUUCGGAUUAUACUGUUCACCCGAGCUGUACGUACUGUAUGUUCUGUUAACAUCAACACGGUUUGUGAUACACGUCCUUGAGUGCAGCCAGCAUGCCCAUCACCUACCAUUAAAACCGUAUCUCACUUCCGCGAGGUCUCCAGGAGGUGGUGCCAGAGUUUCUUCGCGUUUCAGACUGAUUGGCUACGGACUGCUUAAGUCAUCAGGCGUACAGCAGGGGUGUCAGGAUGCAGUUUGGGAGAAAUAUGUAUUGACAUCGGAUGAGGUACAGUUAUACAGCAGACUGAGAGACUGAAACAUUAACUAUGCAUUUUCACGUCAUCACCUCUGGCAUGGUUAUUUGCAAUAACACUGAGCUGUGGGAGAGUUACGUGUGAGCACCCGCCCUACUGCACCGUCCCCGACCAGACUCUAUGCAUCUUUUGUUUGUUGGCCCCGUCAGCUGUCACAGUCAGCUCUCAGCUCCCUCCUCUCUCACAUUCGACGCGAGGGGCCGGCUCGAACCAGUAACAAUAAUCUCAUCCGUCUUCUGCUUUGUGGUUUACAGAAGCUGUCCAGGAACUGAUGACAUGGCUUGAAGCUGCUUUAGUGUGUCUGUAACAACUUUACAUUGAGUAUAGUCCACCUUUAAGUCACACGCUGGGAGAAAACACAAAAAAAUGUACUUCCUGCUGACGGGUGGAAACGAUCUUACUGACAUUAAACGCAAUAAGGAAAGAGACAGGAGGUCAAUUUGUGUGGUCGAAGAAUCAUUUUACUGUCAAUCUGCAGUUUGUUCUUUUUAUAUCUUGAGGUUCAUGUUCAUCAUACAUGUAAAAUGACAAGUGCAAGGAAGGGAGAAAUAUAAUAUGUGUCAGUCUCGCAGGCUGGAUGAUAGAGAUCAGGGUGGGAAGCGUAGCUGAGCACACUCUCAUCAAAACCUUUGUUCUUGCAGCAUUUGGAUUUCAGGGAUGAGUGACACCACGAUGCAAUAGAGUCCAUAUUUCAUCACUUGAAAGUCUGUGAAAGUUUGUAUAGAAAUUAAGAAGCCAGUUUUGAGGCGGAGGGGACCCGAGUGAAAGGUGGAGAUAAGGGCAUUUUGAUUCACAGUGGAGUUCAGGUCAUGCCUCUGUAUAUGUAGUUCCUCCUUUUUUUCAGGGAAAACUCACAGUAGAACUUCUUGUAAUAGAAAUCGAUAGCAUUAACCAACGUAUCACUACUUUCAUCCUUGCACUCUUGGCAGCAGCAUCCAAUUCUGCAUGUGGUCAUUACGGAGGUCUUUUAAUAAGCAUUGAUAACAGAUCUUGGACAGUUUUUUUGGGGCAUCACUGAAAGCUUCAUCAAGAGGCGUCCCAUGCCAGAAACAGCACCAUCACUGUUUUCUCGGGCCAAGCACAGGCGUCCCUCGCAUGAGGACAGCAGCUCAGACAGCCAAGACUCGUCAGCCGCUUGUACUAUCAAAGCAGCGGCGGUUCUUUAAAGGAUUUUGGCUUAUUCUAGACUUUACAAGCACCGUCAGUGUAAUGUGAAACCAGUAGGGAAGGACUGAAUUUAGUAAAUGUUCCGUCUUCUUCUGGAUUUUAAGAAUGGAUUUGAACAGGUGAGAUUCUCACCACAGCUACAUUAAAAUUUGACUCUAACCUCAGAGUUUUAGAUAAGACAUCUUCAUGGAAGCCUCACUUACUGAACAUCAUAUGCUCUUCCAAUGUACCACUGUACAAAAAAAAAGAUCUUUUAAAGAGAAAUACUGGGAAAUGGGAUUAUUUAUUUCUUUUAAUUUAUUUUGUCAUAUUUUUGUAAGACCUGAAAAAUAGUUAAUAAAACUAUUUCAAAUGCA